AAGUUUCGACUCCAUUAAAACAGUGCACUGACUGACAUGCUGGGGGUCAAAUUGUAAGGAUGUGCCCGGUGGAGCUAUAACCAGAAAUGUCGAGUUUUACCAAAUCUGCCCAGCAAUGGGCUACUUUUGCACGGUCGUGGUACCUGAUCGACGCCAGGAUGCAGCCUCCGGGGAAGAUUGCAACCAUGUGUGCAAUCAGGCUGAAGGGCAAACAUAAGCCGAUUUACCACGCACUAAGUGACUGUGGGGACCAUGUGGUAGUUAUGAACACUAGACAUAUAGCCUUCUCUGGGAACAAGUGGGAACAGAAAGUCUACUCGUCUCACUCUGGGUAUCCUGGUGGAUUCAAACAAGUCACAGCCACCCAGCUCCAUUUGAAAGAUCCCAAAGCGAUAGUAAAGCUGGCUGUCUAUGGAAUGCUCCCUAAAAACUUGGCCAGACGAACCAUGAUGCAGCGACUGCACCUCUUCUCAGAAGAUGAGCUCCCAGAGGACAUCCUGGCCAACCUGACAGAGGAGCUCCCUCAGCCCAGACAGAUCCCACGCAAACUCAACGAGUACAGCCAGGAGGAGAUUGACGCCUUCCCCAGGCUCUGGACACCGCCUAAAGACUACAGGAUGAAGUGAUGUCAUCUUAUCAGAGACCUCUGGUUCAUGUAGUUCCCGCUGUAGCUCUGGCAUCAUUGCCCUACAGUACCAUUGUUUUGAUAUUACACAAAGUCGACAUGCACGCUAGCAAAUAAACAAGUGAAGCAAUGUUUUGAUUUA